UAAUUUUGUUACCACUGCUCCCAUAUACAUUGUACGUGGCACCACUGGCACACAACGCAAACAUCAUAGCCUGAUUCUGCCUACCAGUGUCGUCACACGGGGGCUGCGAAACGGUACUAAACAGACACACAGAACAUUACAGAUAGACAUACAGAAGAAAUGGCGGCCAACAAAACACUAUUGGUUUCAUCCAGCACAGAAAAUUUACGGCAGUUAUCUGAGUUUGUAACUUCUCCAUCGAGAAUAGAAUUAUCCGACAGGCUCCCUCGGCACCUGAGAGAUUGCAACAUUCCCGAUCUUCAGAAGGAGUAUGCUUCACACCAUAAAAUGAAGGUUCCCUGCAAGACUUCAGAGAGGGAGAAAGGCAAUAGUGAUGUGCUUGAAGAGAAGUUCGAACAUGAAUCUUCGGAAAAACAACUAGUCAACAAAGCAAAACAUUCUCUUCGGGAUACUAAAUUUCCUGUGUCGAAAAGCCAGACAACACCAAAUCCUUCAAAGAACAACUGUACUGGAACUGCACAUUGCUUUGAACACCAUCAUGUGCUGGCAAAAAUCAGAACUAUCUGGACAGAUAUGUGGACCGCUACAAACGAUGAUGCUCUCGCAAGUGGCUAAGAAGAAGCACCUAUUUAACUCUCUUCGGGACUUAGACUCGUACAAGAAUGAAAAAAUGACACUUUUAUAUUGCAGCGUCUUGACUAAGGAAAAAGUUGCAACAGAAACUUGAGAUGAACACAAUAACUGUUACGCCACCCCUAACCUCAGCUUUCCGUAGUUUAUCCGUCGAUUGGAAACGGUCAGGGACUCUGUCCAUCUGUUUCACGUCGUCUUUGUCUCUUACAGAGAAUACUUUUUUUUCUUCGAACAAUGACCACGCGUCUCGAUCAUAAGGGUGUUCGACCAUCUGUUGCAUUUCAGUAGUCUCUGUACUGUUUCAAUGCUAUCAUUUUUAUUUUAAAUGUUGUGUUCAAUGAUUUUCAUGUUCUUCCAAUAUAUGUUUUAAAUCAGACUCUCAAUCUUUCUAUAGAUUAAGAUUAUAUGCAAGGUGUGAAGAUUACUUCAUAACCAUUUGAUCAAUGUUAUGUAAUUUUGCGCCAGCUAACAUUUUCGUCUACCGAGAUAGCUAGGUGGAGAAGUGCUAAACGCAAAACAAACCAAUGUACUGAGCAUGCUCAGUGUGCAAACCUAAUCAAAAUGGAGGACAACAUUUUGGGCCUUAGCUUUUGAUACUUUUGGAGAUAUUUCCACUAAGGGAAGACUCUAAAGCUUCUGCAAUAGCUGAAAUUCUAGAUACAGUACCAGGUGUGAAGAGGUCAUCAAAGACGCAACUGAAAACUCUUGAUGUAAGACAUCCCUACCCAAGAUGGCAGCCGACCUGACUUCAAUCAGCAGAUUCCGCUGGAUGAUUGUAUUGCUUGCUAAUGAAUUUGAGAAAACUGACUUAGACAGGGCUAAGAGUCUUGUAAAGGACAGACUGGGGGCUGCGUACCAGAAGAUAGACGAGCCGCUCAAGUUCUUCGAUGAGCUGGAGAACCAGAACCUGAUCCACGAUGGGGACACCGACUACCUGAAGACGCUGCUGGAGCACGUCUCCCGCAAUGACCUGAUCGAGCAGGUGGAGAACUACGAGAGGGAGCGGCAGGUGGUGGUACGCCAGGUCUUCCGGAACCCCUCCCUUCUGGAGGGCCCCUUCUUUGGGCGGAAGGAGAUCAUGGAUAGGAUCGUGGGAAUACUAGACGAGCCUUACGACCGCAUUCACUGUAUCGGUAUCAGUGGAAUGCCAGGCUCAGGGAAGACCCGGCUGGCCAAGGAAGCCACUUACAGGCUCAUCCGCUAUGGUCAGGUCAUCUUUGUGGACCUCAGAGAGCUUCCCAUGAUAGAAGAUAUCUUCUUUGCCAUAAUGCAUGCCCUGGGUGUGGAGUGUCGCAGCUACGAACCUGAUAUGCUGUAUGCCUACCUGGAGCACUAUGAUCCCAAGAAGCAUGCUGGGGCCGUCAUCAUCCUAGACAAUGCUGACAAGCCUCUGGAUCCUGGGACCCCAGAGAAGCCCAAUGAGGCAUACAGUCAGUUUGAGAACAUGGUGGACAACAUGCUCAACCUGGCCAAUCCUAAAGUCAAAGUGGUCAUCACCUCCAGGAUCGGUAUGGAGCACACAAGGAUCAGCAGUCAGCACCUCCACUGCUUCCGUCUUGACGGGGAGAAUGAUCUGGACGUCGAAGCUGCCAUUGAGAUCAUCAAGUACCAUGCUGGGAAGACAGAAGUUGAAGAUGAAGAUGCCCGUACCUUGGCUGAUCUAUGCGGAAAGAUUCCACUGGCCUUGAAGGUGGUUUCCAGUCGCUUCCAGGAUGGCACUAUCACACCCAGGGAUAUGAUCAAGCACUUGUCGCGGCAUGACGAUGUCCAAGCCAAUAGGCUGGUUGGUAGCCUUACACACCUUGGUCUUGCCAAAGACGAUCAGUUGGCCUUUAGCUUGCUAAGCACCAUCGAGAAGCUCCCAGAGGCCUACCAGCGCAAUCUUGUGAGGUUGUCCGUGAUACCUGGGACAUUCGACAUGAAGGCGGCACAGGAUAUUCUGGAGUAUCAGCGCAAGGAUCGCGUCGGUCUCAAGCUGGAUCUGCAGGCCUUGAAGUACAGGAGUCUCCUAGAGAGUGACGUUGGAGAGGUAGAAGGGAAGAGCAAGACGGGAUCUGCAAGGUACAGUAUUCACCUGCUCCUUAGAUCCUUCCUGCAGCAGCUAUGCACCAAAACUGAUAACCCGUUGGUGGCAGAGUAUGAGAAGGGUGAGGAGAGGUUCAUGAAGCACUUUGGUAAGAAAAUACAACGCACUGCAGCUGUUUUCCAGAAGGAUUUCGUGAAGGCGUUAUCAGCAAAGCAAGAUGAGAAGGCUAACUUCAUGCAUGUGCUUGAGUACUUCAAGUUCAAGAAGUUCCCAUCAGAUAAGGAGAAUGACUGGCUUCACAUGGCUGUGGAGCUGAUGAUGGUUCCAAAAGAGAGGCGUUCCUUUUAUAGUAUCUGCAAGGGCAGGGCAGAGAAAGAAGGCAAGAAGCAGCUGUAUGCAGAGUUCUGCUGUCACGAAUCCCAGCACCUUGUGGAUCUUGGGUUUGAUGUAGAAGCCAUCAUGCCUCUCUUUGACCAAGCAGAGAGCAUCCUGAAGGAACUUCCCGACCAGACAUCCAACUCUGUCCAGCUCAGUUAUGCUACCCUGUACCACUUCAGAGGCAAUGUGAUGACACGGCGUCUCAAAGGAAUAGAUGCCCUCAAGCAGCUGAAAGAUUGCCUGCGAAUACGCAAAGAGAUUCAUGGGGAUCACUUCUUAACGGUACGAACCCUGAACCUCCUAGGCCAAGCCAUGCAGUCUGCUGCCAAGGUGGAAGGCAUGGGGUACAUCCAUGAAGACAUGGUGAAAGCCAUCGACUACUACCGCAGAGCUCUAGACAUGUGCACACGCAUCACAGGUUCAGAGAGACACGUCGAUAUUCCGACCAUCCAGCUGAAUAUUGGAUCAUGCUUGCAUGAGUUGUCAAGGUAUGGCCAGGCGCUGGAAUUCUUUAAGAAAUCUCUGGAGUUAGAACGUCUUCUUGGGAUGGAUGGAACACCAGGCACUUGCAUCACUCUCAAGAAUAUGGCAAUGAGUUACUUUGCUCAAGAAAAGUACGACAAUGCUCUCCCACUGGCCUUACGAGCCCUUGAAGGCCGCCAGGCUCUCCAAGGCGUGCACCCCAACACCGCCCGCAGUCUAUACUUUGUCGGUGCCAUCCACCUCGCCUCCAAGAAGUACCGGGAUGCUCGACGCUACUUUGACAGGUCCCUGGAGAUGGAGGAGACCCUCUGGAGUAGAGGGAUGCCUCACAGCCCGGACUGGGAACAUCUGAAGCAGCGCUUCCAUCGCCUUCUGGUCAUCCAGGGCAACAAGCAGGCCGACCUGAGAUACCGCAAGAGAUUCAAGGAAGCAGAAAAGGAGCGAAAUCGAGGGGAGAUUAGCGGUUGGAUUAACAGGGGAGACGAUGAUUCCAUCUCUACAUCUUCAUCUGGAUCCAUAGUUCAUCCUGCAAAGAGAGUGAGGUCUUCUUCUGAGAGUGCUUCUACUACCUCUUCAGACCACACCCAUGAGAUGAGCAGAGGAGGGAGGGGAGGGGAGAGGGGAGGAGAGAGGGGUGCAGUGCUGGUUGCUGGUGGUGAUGAAGCAGAUCAUAUAAUGGACCCCCGGGAUGGACUCAUCAUAGAUACAAAUGAAGGAGGUGACCUCGAUUUGGGAGAGGGCGAUAUUCAAAUUGAGACCGUAUCGGUGUCCUCCGGCGAAACGGGCUACUCUGGGGCUCCACCCAUCCCCAUCAGGUUCGGCCAAUCAGAGGACAGGACGGACGAGGGAUCCGUCUAUGACCAAGAUUCUGAAGAGGAGGAGAGGGAGAGACAGGCCAAGAGGAAGAGGAAGAAGAAGGAUAAGAGGAAGAAAGGAGAAGAGGACGAUACAGAUGGAGAUGAACAAGAGACAUACAACUGGGAUAAAAGCCUGUGCAAAGUCAUGUGAUUGAUAGAUCAUGUGAUUGAUACAUCAUGUGACUGUCAUCACCAUGAGAAAAGUCAGGUGACUCUGAUCAACCACCAAAGUAUGUUACAUUCAAGAGUUUUAACUGUUCUUUUUAGCAAGGGAUAAUAUCUUUUAUUUUCAAAUAACCCUUUAUUUACAAACAACCCUUUAACAAUUGAAAAGAAAUGUAAUCCCGUUCUCGCCACCCAUGUAAUUUUUGCUUACUAUCACAUUUUAGAAUGAUAUAUUACUGAAUUACAAUUGACACAACACUUUAUUUUGCACUUCACAGCAGUUUUUUGCCACAUAGAUGGCCCUCCUUAAAAAUGUGUGAAGGAGUCAUCUUGUGAAUGUUUCUUAUGUUUCUAAAUUGAUCUGAUUUGAGAAUGUAAUAUCAUGUAAAUAUUUGAAAGGUUCUGGAGAUCCUAGUGCGUCUAUGAACUCUGCACCCAUUUAGAGAUAAAAAUUUGAUGUCUAUUUUCUGGGCUUAUGAGAAAGAAAGGAUAUGUCCUGAAGUACAUGUAAGCAAUUACCGGAAGACCUAUGAAUCUAAGUCCUCUACAGAUGGCAUUGUAAUUGAGGAUGUAUGCCUUACCAAAGGGUACUACCAAAAAAGACUUGUGUGGUUUUGAACCCCUGUCCAGUUGGUUCAGAUACCAAACACUUUAUCCACUAAGCCACUGCUCCUCAUCAGAAAAAUUAAAGAGCAUGCUGAUAUUUUAAGAACAAUUUUGCUCUUUUGGCAGACAUUUACUUCCACUCCAAAUCAACAAAAUGUCUUGCCAUAUGGGGAAAAAUGAAAAUAUAUGGGAACCAUAUAUAUAUAUACAUUUAUUUCUCUUCUUAAUAUCUAUAUGAAUGAAGAACAAAACAAUUCUUUUAAAGGAUGACAAGCAUCAUUUAUCUUGCCCAAGCAUACACUUAUGACUUUUAUUAACUGAAAUACAUGUAGAAGAUUGUUUAAAGUGUGUUUUAUUUCUAUAUUGGCCCUGUUUGCCUGUUUUGCUUAUACAUGGAUUUGUAUUGUUACAGUACUUUAAUGUAUUCCUGUAUACCUGGAAUUACAAUUUUCUUGCCUGCAUGCAGCUAACUUGAACAUUUAUUUCGAUUUAAUUAUGGGCUUUUAGCCCUUCAGCUGAAUAUAUAUGCAGUAUGAAUUUUUGUAUUUACCAAGACCACAGGUCAUUGCUCUUGUUUAUUUAUUUUUUAUUUUUUUAAAGAACUGAAUAUUUGACUUUCUUAUGUCCAAUUUUAAGCCCAUGUAUUAUUUAUAAGAUUUCUUGCCUGCUUUCUUAAAAUUAGAUACAUGUAUUUGUUUUGUAACAGUACUUUAAUGUAUUCCUGUAUAACUGGAAUAAGAAUUUUCUUGCCUGCAUGCAGCUAACUUAAACAUUUAUUUUGAUUUAAUUAUGGGCUUUUAGCCCUUCAGCUGAAUAUUUAUGCAGUAUGAAUUUUUGUAUUUACCAAGACCACAGGUCAUUGCACUUGUUUAUUUUUUAUUUUUUUAAAGAACUGCAUAUUAAUAAUAAUAAUAAUAAUAAUAUUGGAUAUGUAUUUAGCACACAUAUCCACCCUACAAGGUGCUCAAAGUGCUCCAAUAUUCGACUUUUUUUAUUUCCAAUUUUAAGCCCAUGUAUUAUUUAUUAGAUUUCUUGCCUGUUUUUUAAAAUUAGAUACAUGGAUGUGUUUUGUAACAGUACUUUAAUGUAUUCCUGUAUACCUGGAAUUAGAAUUUUCUUGCCUGCAUGCAGCUAACUUAAACAUUUAUUUUGAUUUAAUUAUGGGCUUUUAGCCCUUCAGCUGAAUAUAUUUAUGCAAUAUGAAUUUUUGUAUUAACCAAGACCACAGGUCAUUGCACUUGUUUAUUUUUAUUUUUUUAAAGAACUGUACAUUCGACUUUUUUAUGUCCAAUUUUAUGUAUACUUUUCGGAGCUUCGCUCUUCACAACUUAAAUGCUGAUGGGACAUUUAUGUCUUUUACUACAUGUAGCAUUAACUGAAUCAUUUGAAUGCAUUCUUAGAAAGGAAAACAAAUGGAAUGAUUAGAGAUCAAAUUAAAAUAUGAAUUAACAUUAUUAAUUAAAUUGUAAUAGUAUAAAGUGUAAUAGCAUAAUAUAUAGUAUAUUCAGUACUAGAGUAAUGUGUUCUGCAAUCAUGAGAUUUGUAAGUUUGCAAGGAAUUUAAGAUUUGCAUUUUGUCUGUGGUUAAUAUCACAAUUAAUUUUUUUUAAGUAAUUGUAAUAGAAAUGAAAUUCUUAAUCAAUGUAUUUUUCUGAAAUGCAAUAUCUUUCUCCUUUGUUUUUCAUUUGCCACUUUUUCAAAAGACUCUAAUGCCAGACAAAAAAAAAAUGCACAUUAUAAAUGUAGUACAAUGUACUUGGACAAAUAGAGCAGAAAAUUAUGUUGUAGGAAAUCUUUAGAAAAGAUACAAAGUAUCAAAGUUAUAUGAUUACCACUAUGUUGAUGUGUGAGUGUCUUGAUGAAGUCUAUAUCAUGAAAAUAAGUUUCUUAAUUCAUACAAACAAUGUAUACAUGACAUAUAAUGUACCCGCACAAGCAAAAAUUACGUUAUAGAGAAUUCGCACUAAAAGAUACUUCGUAUCAAAGUUUGUGAUUGCCAUUAUGUAAUCUUGACCAAGUCAAUAAUGAUGAAAAUAAUUUUAAUGGGAUUCGUAAUUCUGAUAAAAAUGUAUACUUGUACAUGUAGUACAAUUUAAUUGUGUGAUUAGAGAAAAAAAUUAUGUUACACAGAAUUUGCACUAAAAGAUACUUGGUAUCAAUGUAUGAU